UUCUGUACUGACCUUGCUUUGUGCAUGGGGCUAUUGUCAUGCUCAAACAGAAAAAGGCCUUCCCCAAACUCAUGCUACAAUAUUGGAAGCUCAGGAUAUUUAGAAUCAAUGACCCAAACCAUGACAAACUGCCCCAGAGCAUUAUUCUCGCCCCACUAAACUUUACAGUUGGCACAAUACAUUAGGCAGAUUGCGUUCUCCUGACAUCCGUCAAAUCUUGAUUUGUCCUUAGCACUGCCAGAUAAUCAAGCGUGAUUCAUAACUCCAAUGCGUUUCCGUUGCUCCAGAGUCCAGUGGUGGCGAGUAUUACACCAGUCCAACUGAAGCUUGGUGUUUUGCGUGGUGACCAAAGGCUUGUGUGCAAAAUAACUGUUUGUCAGAAGUUAGGAAGCUUCAGACAAAUCGUUUUGAGCUGACAUUGCUUCCAAAGGCAGUCUGGAACAUGGUAGUGAGUGCAAAGAUGAGUGAGAACUUGGUAGUGAGUGGACAGAUGAAUGGGGGAACUUGCUAGUGAGUGGACAGCUGAGUGCCACAUUAAAAGUCACUAAGAAUUAAAAAAUUGUCCAUUCUACUGACAAUGUUUUUCAAUGGAUAUUGCAUGGUGGUGUGCUAGAUGUUAUUACAAGUCAAUGAAUCUUCAGGAAUAUCAGUGUAUCCAGUUAGCAAGGUUUGCUGUGUCUCCCUUUACAAGGUUUGCUGUGUCUCAGCUUGUGCAGCUUGAUUGCCAUUCGUCAUUGAGCAUCAGAAUUGGCAGGUCCGCCAUUGGCUCACAGAAGAGAGCAGGUUCAGACUGAGCAUGUGACAGACAUGAAAGAGUCAGGAGACGUCGUGGUGAAGGUUAUGCUGCCUGCAACAUCAUCCAGCAUGACAGAGAGUGAACCAGUUGAGGACAUCAAGACAGAGACUGAUGACUGUGCUAUCAGUGAGACACCUGGAGGACCCCGAAGGUGGUCUGUUGGUAACAGAGAAGCCACCAGUAAACGUACUGCCACAGACAUGGGCUGUGGUGCUCAAAAUUCAGAGUCAGACCAUUCUACCAGAAGCAAGAGAUUCAGGGUUUCUAGUGAGGCUGGACGGCGCUUGUUGAUGAGUUUGUCUGAAGAGUCCACGAGGCCUCAACCCCAAUGCCUGGCUUCUGGGGAGAAAGACCAUGCCCAGGAGACUAUAUCUUCCUACAGGAAGCCUCUCUACAGCAUCUCUCAUAGAAUUACAGAGAAAAAACUUACAUCAAGCCAGGACCAUCAUGCUCAGCAUGAGGGAGGAGUGCGGGUAAGCUUCAGCAGCCUUGUAUCCCCUCAACUGGUCAACACAGGGGAGCACAGCAGAAAUGAACCCAACCUUUCUGUCCUAGGGGCAACAGGGUCCAUACCUUCAACAGACUCUAACAUAUAUUCUCUCAUUGAGAAGAUGUUUUUCAUCCUUAAUACGCUCAACUCAAGCAUGACUCAACUGCACAGCAAGGUAGAUCUACUUUCCCUGGAGGUCACUCGAAUAAAAAAACUGAUUAAACCCUCUGAGAUGGUGACUGAGUUCCAGCCUCCACCAGAGUACCUGUUGACAAGUGAGGAGCUGAGUCAGCUGAUGGAACAGACAUCAAAUGCCGGUGAGUUGGGUUGUCGACUGCUGGUACAUCUCUUCCCAGAACUUUUUAAGGCCAAGGAGUGUACCCGUUGCAUCUCCAACAAGAGGACAUUGGAUUCCCUACAUCUACAGCUAAUACGCAACUAUGUGGAGGUGUGUUUUCCUCUAGUUAAAAACAAUAACAUUUGGCAGGAUGAAUGCCUAUUGCAGAUCAAUGACUUUUUUAACCGCUUCUGGGUCCAGAAGGAUAUGGAGAGUGUGCCGCAGUCAUGUGAGAAACAGACUAUUGCAGGCUUUGGUUUUAAAGCUGAGCAGAACCAGCCCUGCCAUUUUAUAAAUGAGGAGGGGCAAGAAGUUGACCUGAGCUUAGACUCAAAUAGUGACCACACCAACAAUAAUAUAUUAGUACCAGACCUUGGGUUUGACACUCAAGUGGUUGGAGAGGAUAUGGAUGAUCUCUCCUCCCCUCAAGACUUUGUUGUGUUCCUUGUAAACAGAUUUUUCCCAGAGAUUUUUGAGGGAAGACUGCCAGAGGGCAGUGUGGGAAAGAUGAUCCUGGACUCGGACAGGAUAGAGAUAAUCCGUAAGUACAUGGAAGCUAAUUUUCCUGAUGUCCCAGAGGAUAGUUGGCUACAGAUGUGUGUGCAGCGUAUAGAAGAUGUAAUGGAGGGUUCUCACAGUGACGGCAAUGGCAGCGAGCCUGAGAACAUGAAUGACGAGAGCUAUGACUCCAGAAGCCUCCCUGAAAACGUCUCUAUUGUCAAAAUCAGGGACUUGUGUGACUACGAGAGACCAGGCCGUCGGUCAAAAAAGUCCUUGCUUGUGCCAGUGGAUUUUGAACAACUUGAGAUCCCCCUACCAGACUCCAGUGUGCCUCAAGAGUAUCUGCUGUCUAGGGAGCAGCUGAGGAACAACUAUGACUGUAGCUUGUCAAUUGGUAACUUUGCCUCUCGCCUGUUGGUACUUAUGUUCCCCGAACUCUUCACUUAUGAGAAUGCACGUAAGCAUUACAACUGUAGUGGCUCUCUUGGGAAGAAGCAGCUUGAUCCUGUGCGGGUAAAUCUUAUUCGCCACUAUGUGCAGCUGCUAUAUCCACCAGCUAAGAAUGACAGGGUGUGGACACUAGAAUUUGUGGGCAAACUGGACGAGCGGUGCAGGCGACGAGACACUGAACAGCGGCGGUCAUACCAGCAGCAACGUAAAGUUUAUGGUCCUGAGAUUGAGCAAGAGCCUGUGGACUUGGUGGCUGCUUGCCAAGUGAACCAGCUCAACAUUGACCACUUGAAGGAAGACUUUGAGAUCCCUCCACUACCCCCUGAAAAAAGUAGCAAAGAUUUCUGCAAGAUUCCUCUAGAGGAAUUGACAGUCUCUAUUCCUGACUUUCCAGUGCCUUCAGUCUACUUGUUAUCAGACACUGAGGUUCGAGAGAUUGUACAGCAGAGCCUUUCUGUUGGAAACUUUGCUGCUCGUCUUCUGGUACGUCUCUUUCCUGAGCUUUUCACUCAGGAGAACCUGCGGCUUCAGUACAACCACUCAGGCGCCUGCAAUAAGAAGCAGCUGGAUCCUGUGCGUCUCAGGCUCAUCCGCCACUAUGUGGAGGCAGUGUACCCAGUUGAGAAAAUAGAAGAAGUCUGGCAUUACGAAUGUGUGCCUAGCAUAGAUGAGCGAUGCCGGCGGCCCAACCGCAAAAAGUGUGAUAUUCUGAAGAAGGCUAAGAGAUCCAAUACUGUAUCCUAGUCACAAAGCAGGCUACAAAACAUGUUUCUUCUAAAUAUUUGCACAAGUACAUAAGCUGAAUAGCAUAGUGGAGAUUUGGACAUUGAGCCCAAGGCAAACUUGUAAAAGCUUUUAAUCAGUAUUCUUAAUGGAUGUAUUUGUAAUAUAAAACCACAGUAUUAGACAGAUUAGUUUUUAAUUGUCGGCUUGUUUCUGUGUAUACACCAAAUCAAUGUCAUAGAUAUUCUAACUUACUGUACAUAAACUGUUGUAGCCUUAAAAACAAUAACCAUGAAAAUAAAACUGAGACAAUAGAUCACAUUCGAAGAUGGAUAGAAAAGGUUAUUUUUUCCAUCACAUUUGCUGUUGAAUUGUGGCAUCUCUUUUUUAUAACAAUGUUAUACAUUUGUAUUAUAAAUCUGUAUGAAACUAUGGCAACAGAUCAUGAGAACACAUUUGUAAUAAAAUCA